CCAGAGGUGGUUGGACGCCAUGUAGUCCAAGCAGAGCUUCUGUUACAACUGCUUCCAGGACUUCGGGAGAUGCUGGCCUGCAGAUUCCUGGUGGAAGCAGAGACUGUGGAAGACAGGCUCCGGUGUCAAGGCCUGCUUCGAGAAGGCGACUGCCCAUGCGCAGCUCACGUCUGGUCUGGCCUUUUGGAUCGGCUCAAGGCGCCCGCGGCGCCACGAGAAGAGGUGCAAGGCAAGAUCCAGACCUUGCAGCAACGCUUCACGAGACUGGCGCUGCUGGGUCGAGGGGCAGAUGCCCCUCAGCGUGGAUCGCCGCUCUCGACAGAUGCGUCUCUGAUAGCUGCUGAAGUCGGAAGUUUGCUGGAUGCACUCGGGUUCCGACUUCCUUAUGCAUGCAUGAAGCAGGCAUCGACACAGGGCGACAGGGAGAUUGAGGAUUUGAGGCGCAUUUGCUCCGAUCCUGGCUUGGGGCUGUUGGCUUUGUCCAAUGGCAUCAAGGCCGUAGCAGCCUUGCAACAACUGCUCCAAUCUCGAUAUCCUUGCGCAAUGUCAAAUGGAGGGCGGCAAGAAGAGCUGUUGCAGCAUGCUUUUGGAGACCCUGUCGGCCGCGGCCGGAUUUCAGCAGGAUCCCUGAGUCCAGAUACAUUUGAGACUCCAGCCCCUUCUCCGCUGGCAGAUGCUUCCAAGACACAGGCUGUGCCUUUUCUGCGAGCUCAUGAGAACCAGGCUUGCUUUCAGCCAAGUCGCCCAUGCUUGGAAGUGGCAGUAGGUCGUGCUGGCUUGCUCACCCACUCACGGACGUCGGCGUCAACUGGAAGACUUGCUGCGCCCGACCAGCCUGAGUGCGUGCGUGCCGAUGAGCUGGAUAGCUGGGUGGAUGACGUUGCGAGCUCCAGAUGGCGAAGCCAGAUCCUUCCGCCAAGCAAGCUGCAGCCACCAAGCUCCUGGCAAAGUAUCUUAAGCAGCAGGGCGUCGCGCUGGUCUCAUGCAGCCAGCAGCAACUGCAGCGCAAGUCCGGCCAGCCACACAAGCCAUGCAAGCUCGAGACGCCGAGGCAGUGAACCUCCUGGGCGGAAGUCUGACGGUUCUACUCCUACCCCGCGAGCUGGGUCCAGGGACGCAUACUUUGACCGCUUACGCGCAAAGGCGACACGCGCGAUAGCUUCCAAAUCGCCUGAUCCUGGUAUCACUGAAGCUGUGAAGCGAGCUCAGCACCGUGCUCGCAGAGCUCAACAGCAGAAGGCCGAGAAGGAUGCCGAGGACGCAAGAGCCCGCGUUGGUCCAACUGGUGAGCUGGUGCCGCAUGCCACCGCCAGGCUUUUCAAGCGCCGAGAUGAGCGAAUCCAGCGCUUCGUGCAGAAGCAGGACACCAUGGCACAAGGUGACCCUGAAAUGUCCAGGUCUUGUUCAGCCUUCGUAGCUAUGGAAUCUCCGCAGCCACUGCCAUCUCCCGAGCCUUGUCCAUAA